AUGGUGAGGAGUGACCGGUAUACUUAUUUUGAGGACAAGUCUCAGAUUAGUCGUAUCAUGAAGCAAAAAUCAACCCUGAAGAAGCAGCUGGAAGAAUUCAGUGCAAAUGAUCCAAGUGUAACAGACUUCAAGAUCCUGGUCAGUGGAGAGGUUGGAACAGGAAAGUCCAGCUUUAUAAACUCGGUCAAUAAUGUCUUUCAAGACCGGAUCACUUGUGGAGCACUUGUCAGUUCUUUUGCUGGUACAAGUUUUACAAAAAGAGUAGAUAUUUCUCACUCAAGAGCUUUUGCUUCAUUCACAGAUUUUAAAACCAAUGAAGAGAGUCAUGAACUCAAAGAAGACCAGAUCAGAAGUGGAAAAGUCACCCUGCACUUUGUGUUCAGAGACAUAAUGGGCUUAGAACGGAUUCCUCAAGUGAUUGUCAUGACUAAGGUGGAUGAAGCAUGUCAACUGGUGAACAAAGAUCUAAGGAAGAUCUACCAUAGUACGGGAUUCCUUUAAAAGCCAAUAAAAAAGCGAACACGAAAUAAAAAAAU